CUGUCUCCGCCUAAUUGUUUCCAGUUGUUUCUGAUCAGGAAUUGUUGUGAAAUGUCGUCAACGAAAUACAGUGAGCUAUUAGACACGCGAAUAUUAACUGGUAAACGAAAUUUCAACAAUUGCCUGGAAUGUUAAGCGUGUCAGAACGGAGGACAGGGUUACCAAAAGAUAUAUGCAAAUGACCUGCAAACAAUUGGUCAAAGUUCAAGAGACUCGCCUGUUUUGACUGUUUUGAUUUUGACAUGCAAAUUGCUGAUUGAAAUGAAUAAUUUUAACUAAGAUUGCUGCUACACUGUACAUAUCGCUAUGAGACUUCUCACAUACAAUACUUAACGGAUGUCCCAGCCAGCAGGCUAAGGCUUUUGUAGCCUACUGGGGGCUCCGUUACUCAUUAGCGAUGACCAAUGAGCCAACGGAUAGUACUGCGUCAUAUUCGCAAUUAAGUCCUAGGAAUUUGAACACAGUCAGCAUCUUCUAUGCACCGCUAACUUCGUUUGCUGAGAUGUGGUACCAGAUAUUUCUAUGGGCAUUAUUCUCAUCCAUCUUUGUCCAUACAAUUGCAGCUGCCAUCUGUUUUGCAACAUUACGCAAGCAUAAAUAUGGAAAAUUCUUCCCUCUUCUGAUUAUAAUAAUGGGCGUAUUACUCCCAUUAACAUCUGGUGUACUCAGUUCCGCUGCAGUGGCAUUUGUUUAUCGAGCAUCAAGUUAUCAAAUGCCACCAUUAUACGCUCUUCUAUGGGGCAUUGGACAGACUGUAAUGGCGGGCUGUGUAGGAUUCACCCGAAUUUUGGCCACACUAUAAUAUCUCAAGUAAUAUUAAUUUAUAAAAGUCAAAAAGUUUCAUCAUAAGUCGUCCUUUUGACGCACGCACCUUUCGCAGUUCAGGUAUUUAUCGCGUUAAUAUAUAAAAUCGCUCCACGCAUUUCGCUUAGGUAAAUGCAGAUGUGCGAAUGUAUACCCGCAUGUCAAGGAAUACAGAAAUAACGUGCAAAUAUAAGUAAAUGCUUCUCCUGGAAUCACCAUAAUUUUUCACGUGAAAAAUCUUAAAUGCAAUAACAAUUUGUCAAGGGCUUUCAUGUUCCUUGGUUCCAUAAAACAUAUCCUAAUCGUUGUAUACAACUCCUUAAUUAGCCUAUUGACUAUAAUUGGCUUUUAAAUUUAUUCGCCAUGAGUAUUAGAAUUCCUCAAAAUCUGAGAACUUGUAAGUUCCCUGACUUCUCUUAGUAAAUGGGUCAUACAGCGAUCGAAAGACUAAAUAAAUUGUACAUUAUAAGCUAGUAGCUAUUAUUGUCACAUAGGCUAGAUGGACCGAAUUUUGUAAAUUGCCAUUUGUAAUAUUCAUUGACUUAAAUUGUCACUGCGAAAAAUCAUUUAAUAACGUUAAUACACAUCCAGAGUAAACAGAUAUACAUACGGUACUUGGAUAUUUCGUUCUCUAUUUUUUGGUAUGAAUUAUCCAGCUGUAUCUGGGACAUUUAUUUAUUGCACAAAAUAAAUUUUCUACAAUGGCAGCUUAAACGGGUGAACCUACAGUGAAUAAUAGAAAAGUUCUUCAGUGUAUACUAAGUGUUUUGCGCGACGAAUUAUUUGUUUCGUUAUUAGCUCACUCCAGUCUUUCACUAGAUUCAUUAUAUUUUAUACAGUACUGCCAGAACUUUUAAUUACGUUUUCUUAAUUAUAAUCUUUGCACUUUGAAACAUUUGUUUUACAUUAUUCUCUAAGAACAUCAUUAGUUCAACGAGUACGUUGACAAAACCAGUUCCCAUUUUAAUUUCUACUCACAACGUAUAUGGUAUAACAUUUCUUAUAGUAUAUUUUUUUAUCAGACAUGACACAACGAAUAUAUACAGAAGCAAAUUGCUUCUAUAUGUCCUCUAUUUGAAUUGUAUUCAUGCAGCAUAUAGUAAUGCAAAAGUCAAUAUUUCUUUAAGACUGUCAAACAAAAAGAUAAGAAUAAAAUUGAAAAAUACAAUUUUAAAAAAAGGAUUAUUAGUAUGUCCUCUAUACAAUUAUCGCAUACCCAACUGUAUAGACAUACUGAUUGUUUGAUGCAACUACAUUUAUAAUUAACUUAUUAAAAUUCUUUGGAAUAAUGAAAUAGUGCAAGUUUACUAUAAGAGACAUAAUUUUAUUGUACUGGUGUCGAUACUGAUAUUGGGAACAGGUGAUGUACACGUUACAGCGUAUGGAUAAUGUAUUUAUAUUGAAUUUAUUAUUUUAAGCAAAUGAUUAUUGUAUAUUUAAUCCAUGGUAUUUAGCAAACAUAUGUAAAUAUAUACCUCACAAGACUAUUAUAAUUUAAUAUAACUGUUUUGAAAUAGUGCUUGGGUUUAUAAUUAACUUUAAGUAGAUUUAAUUCAAAGACAUCAUAGGCAGAAUGCAAAGAGUUGUAUUACUGAUACUUAUUGUAUCCUGUGGAACACGAAUCAGUGCAAGAACAUUGUGUUAUUAUUGGGUCAUGUAAUACAUUAUUGUAAUUUAUUGUAUAUAAUCUCGUUAAAGAAUAUUUGCAUAUACAUUUUUUUUAAUGUGA